AAAGAGAGAAGGGACGAAAAACAACAUUUGCCAAGGACUUGGUAUGUGUCAAGCACUGGGUACUUCGAUGACUCAUCUCCCCGAUACCCUCUGAGGAGGACAAAGAGAUGAAGUAUGGACCCAGAGGGCUGAGGAACUCGCCCAAGCUUGCAAGGUUAGUGAGGGUAAGAGCAGAAAUGUAAUCCCAGGUUUAUCUGCAUCCAAAGCCCGUACUUUUACCUUCUCUGACAGUUUUAGAUCUUACCCUCCAUUAGACCAACUGAGUUGUCAGUGUUCAUGGUUUUGGAGAACUCCUCAUUAAAUACAGGAAAAUGGAAGCAGAGAGUUACCCAUAAAAUAUGAAAGAAGGUUUAGGGAUAAAUGCAAGAAAAUAUACCCAUGAUGUAGUAAAUGUAUGCAAUGUAUUAACUAGAAAGGUUUAUCAGGCUGAAAAUAGACUAAUGAAGGCUUUUAAUUUAUAAAGACAGAUCACUGGUGUGUUUUUCAAGGGAAGGUGAUCCACUCCCUAACUUUUGUAACACUUUUAUAAAAGUUAAGCUCCAAAACCAGAGAAAGGUAGAGUGCUAGAACGGACGCGUCAGCCUAGCAUUUCUUGGACUAGUGGCUAAAGUCUGAAUCUGUUCCUUCCAAGCCCAUGAGCAUCAGAUGCCUGUGGAAUGGGGGUUGGGGUGCCUGGAUAAGGUCUUCAGGCCUUCAAGUUCACACCAAGCAUUGGGUCCAGACACGUGGACACAAAGAUAAUGAUAUAUGUCAAUUCUGGGGUGCUUUUAGGACUUGUGAUGUUAAAAAAAAUGCACACGUUAAAAGUAUUACUAACUUCAGACAGAGAGUAGCUUUCUGUGAGAAAAGACAUCAUCAAUAGGUGCCAAGAGUCCAAACACUACAGUGGAAAGAUCUGUCGCUCGUCUUGGUGGCCCAGCACCUGAACCCUCUUCCUAGAAUGGUGUCGGAGAGGCAGCGAAGGCAGGCACUAGCACAUGAUCUACACUCGUACACACCCGCCUGACACGUGGGAUGAAGCACAAGUGACCCAGAGAAAUGGCCACAAGACCACGCAGCUGGCACGGCAUCAGGUGGUAUGAACAGAGUGUGGUCCGUGCCACAGUCCCUAGUGCUUGGCAGCAGCAGUACACGCUUCUGAUCAGUUUUGCAGCAUAAUCUGAAGCGUCUGUCUUGGCUGGAGACCCCACACAGGAUCCUCCAAGCCUCCCGUGACUGUGUGAGCUACCCUCGAAUCCUUCCAGUCAAUUCCCUCUCACUGAAGUCAGCCAGAGUCCAUUUCUGAUGCUUCCAGGGAAGAACCUGACUGAUGAGAUCUCCGCGGGGCAGGAGAGGGGGCAAGAGGGAACCACCACAGAGGGCCCACACUUGGUUUCAACAACACAGUAACAAGGGGUUACACAAAUCUGAGGUACAACUCGUUAAUGCCACACAUGUUUCUUCAUUGUACCACGAUGUACUGGUCACUAAUUUUUCUCUCCUCUCUACAUGAAGACACCUCCUUCUGCUUCUUCCAGCUUUCCAGUGUCAAUGCCCCAGCACUGAGCACACAGUAGGUGCCCCAGCAUCAGCAACCACACGACUCUGGAAAUUUAAAGUACCAAUAACCUGUCAAACAAUACUCUUUCCUGGGAAUACACACUACGUGUAAAUCAAAAUCUCCCUCAAAACAUCUACAAGCCCAAGAAAAAAUUAACCUUAUGAAUAUUUAGAAAUGUGCUCUAGGCUAAAAUCUCAACUCUAAGUGGUGAAACUGGAUUACAAACAAUUUUUUACACAAUUUCAAAAAGUUCCUGGUUAUGGUUCCUUAAUAAGAGUUCCUCUCUUCAGUUCUUCUUUUCUAAAGAGGCAGGAAAAAAAGAGCCAACUCUCCUCAAAUGCACAGUGACCACCACCGCACACACACACCCCAAGAAAUGGAGACUGUGAAGGGAGGCAGGAUCAUUCUCGGCCUGGAAAUCAAUCUGAUUCUCUUUUAUGUCGGUGCUACACGUGAGUGUAUGGUCUUUGUCCAUCAACCGCCUUACCUCGAAGUAGCCCACACUCAAGGGGCCGCGACCAUUCAGUGUUCCUUCUCCCACACGGGGUGCCCUUCAGAGCAACCAAAAAGCCUGUGGUUUCGCUACGGCACAGACCAGCCUGAGAACCUAUGCUUCGAUGGCUGCACUGGUGAUGCAGGCAAAUUCACAGUGAAGGAAGCCCUAACAGAAAGAGCAGUCUCCCUCACUGUAAACAGGGUGGCUCUGAAUGACAGCGCCAUCUACAUCUGUGGAAUCGUCUUUCUCAACUCAAAGGAACCAGGAGCUAAGCGGACCGGAGAAGGGACCAUACUGGUGGUAAGAGAAAUGAAGGAACUACACAGCCCCCUGAUAGCUGCUGUGUCAGUGCUCUCCAUCUAUGUUACUGGUGCACUUGUGAUCUUCAUAAUCCUUUCCAAAUCAAAAUCUAACUCUUUAAGAAACAAAGAAACAGGAUAUUCACAAAAGAAGAAGAGUGCCCGACGUAUUUUUCAGGAAAUUGCUCAGGAACUAUAUAGUAAGAGACAGGUGGAAACAAGACAACCACCUGCCGGACCAUCUUUUUCUGCAAACAGACAAUGAUAAGUGUCCUGAAGACAAGUCUAGAAGAGAAAGGCAACACUUACGAAAACAGAAGAGCACUUUCCAACUAUGAAAGACCAUAGAAAUGUUUUAAUUUCCAAUUAAGUCACUGAAAGUCCAAAUCCAGAAGUUAUGACAGUGUUAUUGGACAUACGCCCAUCAGGGCUUUAAAAAAACAAUCAAAGGCAAAUGGAAGACAAUUCUCCACAAGGAAGGAUGCCACAGUACAAAGAAACUAUCGCUAAAAGUAAUUACCUGAAAUACUAAAACCCUACAAAAUACAACUGAAAAAUACUUUCUAACUUGCCAGAAUUCUGCGUAGUCUAGCAUUAAAAAAACUUCUGUUUUCCUAACAUAUAUCCGCUAUUUGUGUCAUUUGACAUACGAGGUAUGUGAGGACUCCUACCCUGAAGAUUAGAAGUCACACCACAUGCUUCUGUCUGCUUCUGUCUUGAGUGGAAGAAUUGUCUUUAUGGUUGUGGAAGUGAUGGGCCAACGACACUAAGAUGGGAGGGAGAGGAAAAAGGAAGGGAAGUGCCAAAAUUUGAGUUUAAAAAAAAAAAAGGAAAGAAGAAAAGAAAAACCAUCUUGCAAAGUACCUUGGAGCAAAUACUGUUCUCCUGGUAUUGCCACUGGGUAACAGUAGAGUGCACAUUUUCCUGCCUGCAUAUGCAAAAUGACUUACAUCAUGCUACUAACAAAAAGUGAAAAUAGAGUAAGAAUAUGAUCGCUAAAAAAUAGAAGCUCCGAUGCGGAAGGUUAAACAGAAAACCUCAGAACCUCAGAACACAGAAGCCCCAGCCAACUCUAGAUGUCAGUGUUGGGCCAAAUAACAGCACCAGGGAAGCAGUGGGCAAGACACUGUGUUUACCUGUGCCUUUGCAAUAUUGAUUUUUAACCAAUUUAGGAGGGGAGUAUCAGAUAAGGGGUGGGGUCCAGCAAAGAUGUUUAUGGAAUCAUUACUAUGUCACUGAGAAAACAUACUAUGGAUUGUUCUUUGAAAGCUACCUCAUUGUAAAAAUCUAUUUAAAGUACCCACAAGUGUGCAUUCGUUAUUAAAAAUGAAUUAUAAUUAUAUAUAAUUAUAAUAUAUUUUUAUUUCAUUAAAGUGUUUCUUUUAAAAUUGUAUUAAAUGAGGUGAAUUCUAUUUUUAAAACCCAGAAUUUUAAAAUAUUUUAAGAUCCCUAUGAAAAUGUUUUGCAGUGAUGGCCUGAGUCAGUGGUCUCCAACACAUGUAAUCACAUGUGCCAGGAAAAAAUGGAAAGAAGAGAGAGGGGGGAGCAUGUGUUUCUAUAUAUAUGUGUGCGUGCCUAUGUCGUACAUUUGUGUGUGUAUAUGUGUACAUGUAUGUGUGUAAAUUAAACAACUGGCAUAAAAAGUCAUAGAAAUAGAAAUGCUAAUGUUUUCUUCCUAUAACCCAAAAUAAAUGGUCUUGUGUUCUCCUGGG